AUGGAAGGGCUCCAACCUUCUGGACAUAACAUGAGUUUGCCGGUGUGUCAUUGUGGGUGCAAGAGAUGGAGUAAGUUGUAUUACAAGGCUAUGUACAACAUCCUUCUCAAGACUAUUCCCUCAGGCUGGAGGAGAAGAAUUGGGAUCAUCGAAAGACAUGUUCACAUAAAGCAAAGGUGCGGAGACUUUGAAAUGAGUAGGAGGAACAAUGCAAGAGUUUUCACGAUACUUGGAGGGUUUGAACACAUAAUUAUAGAAACCAAAGCAAACUCUACCCUUUGGCUCGAAUUUCCUCAGCAACUCAUGUCUGAGGUGGGACCAACUUAUCCAAUCUCUAAGAUCACGGAAAUCAACAUGAAAAUACGUGUACAUGAUAUUAAUGGGACUCCUAGACCACCAAAUAAGAACUAUAACGGGUCGUAA